AUGGACAGUUCCACUGAAGAAAACGAUUCCGAUUAUUUUGACGAUCAAAACAGUGGUUCAGAAAUAGAAGAUCAUGAAAGUCAAACAUCGGAUGAUGAUGAAGAAAUUGAUUUGGAAAAUCUUAAAUUAAAUGAUAAUUCGACCUGGCAAAGUUCAUAUAAUUCCAAAUCUGGCAUGACUUGGUUGUCGACUCCCAAUUAUUCAAUGAAAACAAGCUGUUCAAAUGAUAAUGUUCCACAAGCUGGACUGACCGAAGUUACCGCAAAUAUUUCAUCCAUUGAAGAUGCAUUUCUUUCCUUUAUACCAGAAAAAAUGCUUGAAAAAAUUUUGGUUUAUUCAAACUUCGAAUAUAGUCGAAAUGUUACUUCUACUGAAAAAUCAAAAGAAAUAACUAUGAUUGAAUUAAAAGGUUUUAUUGGACUUUUACUACUUGCCGAAUCUCCUAUCUUCAAAGCUACUAUGUCAAGAAGUCGUUUUCAAAAGAUUAUUGCUCGCUUACGAUUCGACGACAAAAACACACGAGAAGAAAGAAAAAAAAAAGACAAAUUUGCUGCAAUUCGCGAAGUUUGGUCUUAUUUUCAAGAUAAUUUACAAAAGUCUUAUAUACCAGGAUACAAUGUCACUAUUGAUGAACAAUUAUUAGGAUUUCGUGGAAAAUGUCCUUUUCGACAGUAUAUGCCCAAGAAACCUGAUAAAUAUGGAUUAAAACUUUGGCUAUGUGUUGAUGUAAAUUCACACUACGUAUUCAAUGCAUCUCCUUAUCUUGGACGGCAACCAAUGGAAAAAAGACAAACCCAGAUAGGCGCCAAAGUAGUUUUAGAAUUGCUCAAACCACUUUAUGGUUUAAGCAGAAAUGCUACAAUGGACAAGUUUUUUACAAGUGUUCCAUUAGCCAAAGAACUUCAAGCAAAGAAUUUGUCUCUUAUAGGAACAUUGCGCAAAAAUAAAUCCGAAAUACCUAUGGAAUUCCUGUCAAAUAAAAAUCGCGAAGUUGGUUCUUCGCUGUUUGGUUUUCAGGAUGGUUUAACUUUAGUUUCAUUUGUGCCCAAGUACAACAAAGCCGUUUUACUACUUACAUCAAAACAUCAUGAUAGUCAAGUGGACAAACAAACUGAUAAACCAAUUGUUAUUUUAGAUUACAACAAAACCAAAGGAGCUGUUGACACAGUCGACCAAUUAUGUCACAGAUAUACGGUGAAAAGAGCUACAAAGCGAUGGCCACUUUGUAUCUUUUAUGGAAUGAUAGACAUCGCUGCUAUAAAUGCAAUGAUCAUCUGGAAAACAAAGAAUCCUCAAUGGAAUCAAAAUAUAAAACAUAAACGUCGAUUAUUUCUCGAAGAAUUAGGAUUGGCUUUAGUAUCGCAUCAGCCGGUACUGCAAGGGUUAAUACUAACAAAAAAAGAUUUAUCAUAUCAUGAUAAUAUAACAUAUGCACAAAUUCAUCCAAAUCAAGAAUCUAUUGCAUUAGGAACACAAUCUCCUCGAAUUGCCCUUUGGUUUUAUUUUAUAAAUUCAACAAAUAAAGAACCAACAAUAUCAUAUUUACAUUGCCAUUCAUCACCUGUUCUUUGUUUAGCAUUUUCAUUUGAUGCUCUUCAUAUUAUUGGAAGUAAUUUAUCAAUUGAACAAACAAUCAGUGGAAUUAAUCAUAUGUUUAUUCCUCAACAAGCUUCUUUACCAGCUGGUUAA